GUCUGUGUGGCUGCUGCUGGGCAUUGCGCCCUCGCUACAAGCGGCUGGUCGACAACAUUUUCCCUGAAAACCCAGAGGAUGGGCUUGUGAAAGCCAACAUGGAGAAACUAACCUUCUUUGCCCUGUCAGCUCCAGAGAAACUAGACAGAAUCGCUGCCUACCUGUCAGAACGUCUGACCAGAGAGCUGAACCGCCACCAUUACGGGUAUGUUUGUAUAGCGAUGGAGGCGAUGGAGCAGCUGCUGCUGGCCUGUCGCUGUCAGAGCAUCAACCUGCUGGUCGAGAGUUUCCUCAGUACACUCAGACUGCUGCUGGAGACCGACAAACCACACCUGCACAUCCUCGCAACAAACUCGGAUUCGCGUGUCGGGGAUCCGUGGCCUGCAGGGUGUCGUCAGGAAGACGGUGGAUGAUGAGCUGCAGGUCAAUAUCUGGGAGCCUCGACACAUGGAGCAGAUUGUUCCCGCUCUGUUGGUCAACCUGCAGCACUCGGACAGCAACAGCCUUUCUCCUGCAGAGCAGACAGAGAUGUGUUUCAGGGAGCUUCUGGGUCGAGCUGCUUACUGUCACAUCAACAAUGCCAUCAGACCUGUGCUCAUGCACCUGGACAGCCACAGUCUGUGGGAAGGACGAGGCUUCGCUGUUCGAUGUUUUCAGAUCAUCAUGUUUUCAAUUCAGUCUCAGCACUCCCACCUGGUCAUCCAGCAGCUGCUGGGUCACCUAGACGCCAACAGCAGGAGUCCGGCGUCAGUCCGAGCUGGGAUUGUUGAGGUUCUUUCUGAAGCUGCUGUCAUAGAAGCAACAGGAUCUGUAGGGCCCACAGUCCUGGAAGUGUUCAACACGUUACUGCGACAGCUCAGGCAGAGCGUUGACUACCAGCUUAUUGGUUACUAUGACAAUGCUGGGAAACAGGAAACCACAUCUACUGAGGAGAAAAUGCUGCAGGAUGCAGUCAUCAGAACCAUCGGAUCCUUUGCCAACACGCUUCCUGUCUACCAGAGGUCAGAGGUCAUGCUGUUCAUCAUGGGCAAAAUUCCUGUCCCUGGUAUCUACCCCGCCCUGGGGUCUCCCAACUCUGGGUUUGAAGGCAGCAGGAUGAUCCAGGUGAUGCUGCUGAAGUCUCUCCUCCAGGUGUCGGAGCAUUAUGAAAGCAGCAACCUGCUGACGGCGCUGCCCUCCUCCUUCCUGGAGCCUCUGCUGUCUUUCACCCUGAUGGAGGAUCCAGAGAUUCGCCUGCUUGUUCUGUCCAUCCUCACCUCGCUCAUCGAUCGCCGUCUCAACUCCGCCAGGCUCACCUCAGUCAGUGUGACAUUUGAUGUGUCAGGGCUGGAGCUGAAGGAGGACAGAUGUUCUCGACAGGACAACCUUUUCAUGAGAAAGCACACUCAGCGUCUAUACAGACACAUCUACUUGGCCUGUAAGGAGGAGACUAAUGGGCGCAGUCAUUACCAGGCGCUGUUCACCUUGCUGGCUGUUCUUAGUGUGGAACUGGUCAACGAGGAGGUCGUGGUGGAUCUCAUCCAGCUGGUCCUAGCUCUGCAGGAGCUGGCUCUGUCCAAUCAGCCAAGUCUGGCCGUGUUCAACCGCUGUGGCCUUCAUGCCAUCUGCGCUGGUUUCCUCAACCUGCUGUCACAGCUCGGCCCACCUCCUCUGCUCCGUCAGCAUGUCAUCCAGGUCAUAGAAAGUCGUCAGAAAGAGGCACCGUACCUGCUGCCUGAAGACAUCCUGUGUCUAAAACCCAGAUGAAGACCGUCUGUCUAGGAGGAAGAGCAUCGUAGACACCGUCUCUCUGCAGAUGGACACGGACCUUCAGUGCAGCUCUGAUGCACCUCAGAAACCUCAAACUGAGCAGAUCACUUUUGAGAUGCUGAAGAACACCAUUGAGGACAGAGGGCCUGUGGAAGAGGAAGAGAGGAGGAAGAGGAUGCAGGUGGUGGAGAGGUUUCAGACAGCUCCUUUUGAGGAAAUAUCAGCUGUCUGUGGAUCCCGGACCUCGUUGCUUCAUUCCAAGCUUAAUCAGGUCUUCGAUCUGAUCAUUUGUCCUCCUCCAUCUCCAUCUGGACAGUCGCCUCGCCGUUCGACACCACUUUACGAGAUGAAGUUUCCUGACCUCUGUGUCUAUUAGAAACUCAAAUACUGAUGAGACAAAGCCCUUCAAAAGGAAAACAUGACAGAAGAAUGGAUGGAUACAUAUAACGGAGCAUGAAUUGUUUUUAUUUCUCACUUUUAAUUUAUUUUUGUUCUCUUUCAGUUUGAUCAUCAGAAGAAAAAUCAAACAAAAACACUUUCAAAAGCUUUUAAAAAGCUGUCCUAUGCAUCUCAGUAAUCCAGGUAGAAAAAUCAAA